AUGUCGAACUCAUAUUGGGACCAGCCUGGUCAGCGUACUUCGUCGAACUCGCGGGGUCAUCGGGGUCAACAGGCCCAGCAGCCGACCCAGGCCCCUCUGCCGCAGCAGGCCUCACAGGCUCCUCCGACUCAGCAGCCUCCGCAGGUGCAAGUCGCGGCAGAGGACGAGGACGAAGAGGCAGACCCGAACGGGCAGGUGGCUCAGGGAGCUCAGCAAGCCCAAGGUGGCUCAAAUGCGCCGCACGCGGGCAAUGCGCCGAACGAUGCGCUUCCGCCAAGCACACCAAACUUGCGGCCUCCGCCAAACACGCCGAAUAUAAUGCUCGUAAAUGGGGUAAACGGGGUUCAUCAAAUGAACGGGACUAAUCCAGCGAACAGGGUAAAUCCAGCAAACCGGGUCAACCGGGUUAAUGGGGCGAACCCGGUCAAUAGGGUCAACGUAGUAAACAGACUCAACUUCCCACGCCCUCUACGAGUACUCGGACCCUACCGUCGGUUCCCGAACUACCAGAUCCGCUACAUAAUGCUCAACGAGACCACGGUCCUAACGGCCAUCCAGUGGCUGGCCCCAGGCCCCAUCACCUGGCACGGGGCCCCGGUGGAUGCCCUCGACCUGGAAUUCCUGAUUCUGCGGGACCGGCUGCCCCGGGGAGUCACGCUGCAUGGGAGCAUCUCGCAGCCCCCGUGGCUGCUGCGUCUGUUCCGAGAGGCGCGGCCUUGGGCCGCCGGUGUUGACGUCCCCAUCCGGGAUACCCGGGUGGUGGCGGAGAGUUUGACCCUGAACAUGCAGGAUCGCGCCCAUAUAGUCCUAGUCCGUGACUGGCAGCGUGCCAUCCCCACCAAUCCGAGAAUUUAUCGGUGA